AUGGAGGUGAAUGACCUGGGACAGCUCCCCCAUCCCGUGAUGGAGGCGGUGGUGACACCUGGAGACCCCCAAGGGGUGCAGCCAUGGGGUUGCCAUGGAAACCGGGAACCUGCCCCUCCACCCCCAACCCCCACGGCCGCCCUCAAGGCCAAGCGGCCGGACUCCUCUCCUGCUUCGCUCAAUUCUUUUAGGAUUCAAACUUUAAAUAGUGCGCACGCGGCCCGGGUCCAAGCAGGAAACGCACACGGCCGCCGACACGGACUCCGGCGCCCCGCUGAUAAAAAUGGAAACCACAGCUCGUUCCGGAGCGAGCUCCAGCGGGGCUUCGCUCCCGCAUUUCCCAUUCACAUCCCUCGGCAGCUGGCGAGCCCCGAGCCUCAGCUCCCUCCCGCGUCCAAGCGGGGGUCCCCCCCGCACCGCCCGGCAGCCGCGAAGAACCGCGCGGGCUCCGCCCAGCAGAGCUCGCCGGGGCUGUGCGCUCCGGCCGCGGCCCUCGGGCCCGGGAGCCCAGCCGAGCCGGCGGUCCCGGGCCAGGCGCCGCCGAGCGCGUCCACUCGGUCCCCGCGGAAGCGGCGGCGUGCGUGGGGUCCGCGGCCCGGGCCGGGUGACAGCGCGCCAGGGGCCGGUCUCGCCGGAAGGGGCCGGCCCGCUCCUCCCCGCCGCCUCGCGCCGCCCCCCGGCCCGCCCCCACCCGCCUCUCUCCGGGUGCUCGCGCCGCCCCCGCUGCUGAAGAGCGCGCGGCCGGGGCCCCGGGCCGGCGACUUCCUCCUGCGGCGGCCCCGAGCGCGGAGCGGCCCCACCAGCCCCGAGCGCCCCCGCGCGCCCGCCGCCCCGACCCAGUGCCGGCCCGCACCGCCCGGCGCGCUCGGAGGAGCCCGGGCCCGGAGCAGCCACCACCGCCGCAGCCGCCGCCGCCACCGCCGCCGCCCGGCCGCGCGCCGGCCCUGCCCGCCCCGGCGAGGUAAGCGCGGCCGGGCCGCCGUGGGCUCCUCUCCCGGGACGGGGCCCCGGAGCCGGGGCGCGAGGGCCCGGGCGGCGCGAGUUUCCGCCGCGGCGUGUUUUCCGGUUACGGAGCGGCCUUCGGGGGGCGGCGGGGCCGGGCCGGGGGGCGCACGGGGAGGUCCGAGGGAUUUUUAUGUUCCCCCGGAAAGCGCGAGCCCAGAGCUGGAGAUCGACCGAUGGGAGCGCAGAAGCGGGCGCCCGGGUUUGGCGGGGGAGGGUGGCUGGAUCCGGGGCGGCCGCGCUUGGGGCCCCCGGCUCACCUGCUCGGCCGCGGCCUGGGCCCGCGCCGGGCUCGGGGGGUCCCGGGGGGGCGCGGGUGCGGUGGCGGGCAGUUUGCGCGUGUGUCUUUCUAAGGACUGA